UUUUGCUUGUACGCAUGCGUGAAGAGUCCAUGCGUGAUAGCGGGAAUACAUUGUAAGAACAACACUUGUGUAUGUUCUGGACGUGUAAACUAACGGUAAUUUAUUGUCAAAAUGUCGGCUGAUGAGAAUGUAGGCCUGAAGACUGGGGAUGGAGACACGAAGCCGUCACUAACCACACCAGCUACAACCACAUCAUCAUCAAGUCUAAGUCAGGGCAGCACUGCAACAGUAACGUCAAAACCUUCAUCAACUCCUCUUAAACCCAAUUACACUCUCAAAUUUACACUAGCUGGGCACACAAAGGCUGUUUCAUCAGUGAAGUUUAGUCCAAAUGGUGAAUGGCUGGCUAGCUCAUCUGCGGACAAAUUAAUAAAGAUUUGGGGUGCUUAUGAUGGCAAAUUUGAGAAAACAAUAAGCGGUCACAAGUUGGGUAUAUCAGAUGUGUCAUGGUCCACAGACAGUCGACUUCUUGUCAGUGCCUCUGACGACAAGACUCUCAAAAUCUGGGACUUUGCCACAGGCAAGAGUUUGAAAACCUUGAAGGGACACAGUAACUAUGUAUUCUGCUGCAACUUCAACCCCCAGUCUAAUCUGAUUGUUUCAGGAUCUUUUGAUGAGAGUGUCAGAAUAUGGGAUGUGAAGACUGGCAAAUGUUUAAAAACGUUACCUGCUCAUUCAGAUCCUGUCACUGCUGUUCAUUUCAACAGAGAUGGUUCUCUUAUAGUGUCAAGUAGUUACGACGGGUUAUGUCGUAUUUGGGACACAGCAUCUGGCCAGUGUUUGAAAACAUUGAUAGAUGAUGAUAAUCCUCCAGUCUCUUUUGUGAAGUUUUCUCCAAAUGGAAAAUAUAUCCUUGCAGCUACACUUGACAACACAUUAAAAUUAUGGGACUACAGUAAAGGGAAGUGUCUAAAGACGUAUGUUGGUCACAAGAAUGAGAAGUACUGUAUAUUUGCCAACUUCUCAGUAACAGGAGGGAAGUGGAUCGUGUCAGGCUCAGAGGACAACAUGGUGUACAUCUGGAAUUUGCAGACAAAGGAAAUAGUCCAGAAGCUCCAGGGACACACAGAUGUGGUGUUGUGUUGUGCCUGCCACCCAACGGAAAACAUUAUUGCAUCAGCAGCUCUGGAAAAUGACAAAACAAUAAAGCUAUGGCGGAGUGAUGUGUAAUAAUGGGAGAUCACUCUACAGACUUCAACAUAUAAUAUGGCAGCAAGACAAUUGUAUCACCAUCAUCAGACCUGCCUGCUCUGUGCCCCUUGUAGGUGGAUUAUCUCCCUUGCCACACACACUCCUCACAGAUGCGAGUGUUGUACAUCCAGAGACAGUGAGAUCGUACUGCUGUUUAAAUUUUUCCAGUCAUCUUAUCACCUGUGCAACUUCAUUUGAGAAUUGAGUGGCUUGGCUGACGGAACAGGGACCAGGUGGGCACACUGACUACAUACUUACGGCAGUAGGACCCUGGUUGAUGUAGAAUGUUAUAACCAAAUUGCAUAAGAAUAACUAUAUCUGGUUGAUAUGGAAUGUCCUAACUGGUUUUCCUGAGACAGGAUUUGCUGCUUGGCGAGCUCAACUGACUGGAACAUUUUGAAUCUUCUUGUUAAGUAACAAAAGUGAAACCUUGUUAUCAACCUUUGAAGUUUUUACGUGCCUGAAUGCAUCAAGUUGCAAUUCUCAUCACUACCUGGGGCUGUGGGGAUGCCUGAAUGUUAAAGCGUUCGCUCAUCACACCGAAGAC